AUGUUGAUUUCUAAAUGUGCCUAUGUUCUGCAAAGCCUUUUCUUUUUUAUAGGGUUAUCCCUAGCAGAACGAAGAACGGCUAGUCAGCAUGGCUUUGACGAAAUUACUUUAUCCGCUAAAGCAGUUGAGCCCCUUCCUGAAUUUAAUAAUUCUCUGAUAGACUUUAGUAGUACCAUCUUAGAGACUGGUUCUUCGGAUUACUCGACGAAUCUUACCACCGAUAAUUUAUGGUCUUCUGAAUCUUCAACACCUUUAAUUGAGAUUUCUAAAGUUGAAUAUCCCGAAUUAAAUAGUUCGGUAGUCGGGGAAAAAGUUGCUGACUACUUCAACUCCCUAAAUUUUGAAGGAAAGGCGGCAUUAGCUGCUUUAAAUGCCUUAAAGCAUUCUUACGGCUCUUCGCAUGUUCGAAGGUUUACCCCGUAUGAGCUUUUUGGACAAUCACAAUGGGUUGAGGAAGCCACCGAAAUCACUCAUGCCGGUUGGUCGAUUAUGUUUGACAACUUUGGCCGCUACUUCACACUGGAAUUAAGAGGACUUCGUGAAAUUACUUUUGCCUUCUUCAUCCUUUUUUCUCUGCUUCCUAUUGCUACUGGUGCCAUGACAGUUUAUAUCUUUAAAAGGAGAUAUUACGCGGUAACUUUCAAUAAACAGGGUCGGUCGAAAAAAUCCGUUAGACAACUUCAAGAGAAUUUUGUUACUGAUUUCGAUGACACCUCGAAUUUAUCAGCAACUCUCGCCCUACCAGACAACGAUGAACCAUUAGUGGUGAGGGAACCUCCCCAAGAGCGUUUAAGUAUCUUAUUUGCUACUCUUGAAUACAAUAUCCCAGACUGGAAUAUCAAAAUCAAAAUAGGUGGUUUAGGAGUUAUGGCUCAGCUUAUGAGCAAUAAUCUUCAACGUUAUGAUUUAAUCUGGGUAGUACCGUGCGUUGGUGAUAUCGUUUAUCCAGUUGCUGAAACCGCGCCUUCCAUCAUUGUUAAAAUCGUCAACCAAGAGUAUGAGGUAAAAGUUUACUAUCACUACCUCGAAAAUAUAAAGUAUGUUAUUCUUGAUUGCCCUAUUUUAAGGAAGCAAACGUCCCGCAAUCCUUAUCCACUACGUAUGGACGAUUUUUCCUCUGCUAUAUUCUAUAGUAUAUGGAAUCAAUCGAUUGCAGCUGUAAUGAUGCGUGAAAAUCCUGACAUUUAUCAUAUAAAUGAUUAUCAUUGCGCUCUAGCCCCUUUAUAUAACCUUCCUAGAACUGUGCCUUGUGCUGUCUCAUUACAUAAUGCAGAAUUCCAGGGUCUUUGGCCUCUUCAAUCCGCAAAUGAUUUAAGAGAUGUUUGUGGACUUUUUAAUAUUCCUAAGUCGGUUUGUAAAGGCUACGUUCAGUUCGGUAACGCUUUCAAUUUAAUGCAUGCGGCUGCCUCGUACGUUCGCAAGCAUCAAUCUGGUUUUGGUGUAGUAGGUGUUUCCGAUAAAUAUGGUCACCGAUCUUGGGUCCGCUAUCCCGUUUUUUGGAGUUUAAAAAAAGUUGGGCAUUUACCUAAUCCCGAUCCAACUGAUGUCGAUCGUGCUACAACUUUUGAACCCAAACAAUUACCUGACCUUGCCGAAUAUAAUGAAAAGCGAAAGGUUGAAAAGCGAAAGACUCAAGAAUGGGCUGGAUUAACUGUUGACGACACAGCCGACCUUUUGGUGUUUGUUGGACGUUGGUCUGUGCAAAAGGGUAUCGAUCUCAUUGCCGACCUUGCUCCUACGCUGCUAGACAAGUACAACACCCAGAUUAUCGUCGUUGGUCCAGUAAUUGAUUUACACGGAAAAUUUGCUGCUGAAAAGUUCGCGUACAUUAUGGAGCGGUAUCCCGGGCGCGUUUUUUCUCGUCCCGAGUUUGUUCACUUACCUUCAUUCAUAUUUGAUGGCGCUGAUUUUGCGUUAAUACCUUCUCGUGAUGAACCGUUUGGUUUGGUAGCAGUUGAAUUUGGUAGAAGGGGAGCUAUCUGUAUUGGUGCUCGUGUUGGUGGUUUGGGAGAAAUGCCUGGAUGGUGGUACGUCGUUGAAUCUUCAACUACUCCUCAUCUCUUGAAGCAAUUUGAAACGGCUUGCUCGAGAGCUCUGAACUCCUCGUCCGAACUGCGUCAUAAUCUUCGCAUGGCAGCUAUUCAGCAACGCUUUCCCGUCACUGAGUGGAUGGCCUUAUACGAUAAGCUAAUAAAGAAGUGCAUCAAGACCCACAAGAAAGUUGUUAAAGCAAGCGCUGUCGACGAGCAGUCCGCUUACGUUUCUACUACUCUACCAGGUAUUAAAGUUUAUGAUACGGACGGAGCUGUCGUGGCAAACAAACCUAACGAUAAAGUUCAAGAAGCACCUGAUACUUCAGAAUUGUCUAACUCGACAGCUGAAAAGAACAAUAUAGUUCCAGGGCAACUUAGCCCAGAGAAACUUGACGAAAUUAUGGAAGCCGACAAUGAUUCAGUUGCGUCCUCAGUAGGCAGCCGGCCUUUGUCGGAAUUAACUUACGUCUCUCAAAGUUCAAUGAAUUUUGGAUCUAAGCUCGGCGUAAGGUUUAUUGAUACAAAUGGCGUGGCAAUCUCGGAGUUUUCGGCAGCUUUAAUUAGUUUAACCCCAGAAAAUUCCAAAACAAAGUUGUGCAUUGAUAAUUUCUUGGUGAAAAUACUACAAAAAUGGUAUAAUGAAGAGCAUCACUAUUAUAGAACCGGCUUUCGUCCCCGUUUUUACAAGUACUUGAAAACACGAGGCAAGAAACCCCGAGAACUUGAUGACGGUUCUAGUGUCCUUUCCGAAAGCUCGUUUCGGGAAGACUUUGGCCCUGUCAGAGGUGUUGCUGGCCACCAGCUAUCUACAUGUCAAAGAGUGAUGUAUGUGAAGGUGUUAGGCUGGCCGCUGUAUGCUAUUUUUCUUGCUCUGGGACAAAUCCUAUCAAUUUCUUCGUUUCAUUUAUCCCUUUUAUCUGGAUUUGAAAGGAAUCAUAUGACCUCUCUGUAUGUAGUAAGCGGAGUAUUUAUAAUCUCUACCUUUUUUUGGUGGGGUCUUUACAAAAAUUUUGCAAGCAUUCAUUCUUUGUCGAUUCCGUUUACUGUGUAUGGUUUAGCAUUCACCAUGACCGGCAUUUCAUCUAUGCCUUUUAUUCCAUUUAUGACGAGAGGGUGGUUGAGUUAUGGAGCUACCUGGAUUUAUGCUAUUGCAGCAUCUAGUGGACCAUUGUAUUUUACAUUGAAUUUCGAAGAUGAGCAUACUAAAGGCUUAGGCUCUUGGGUUACUCGAGCUUGUAUUUUACAUGGUCUUCAACAGUUGUGGACGGCUUUGCUUUGGCUUUGGGGAACACUAUCCAGUCGUUUAGAUUGGAACUAUUCCGUUUUAAUCAGACCUAUGAACAAUAUGCUUGUUGCAGCCGCUGUAUGGCCGAUUGCAUUUGUGCUUAUGCUAAUUACAGUUAUGUUGUACAAAGGUCUACCUCCCUUUUAUCGACAAACACCAGGUAGCGUACCCGCAUUUUCCAAGGCUUUGUUCCAUCGUCGAGUAGUUAUAUGCUUCUUACUUAUGGUUGCCAACCAAAACUUUUGGAUGUCUUCCUUGAUCAGUCAUGGAUGGAGAUUCUUCUGGAAUUCUGAACUCACAGUGCUUUGGAAAGUCAUUCUUAUGAUGUUCAGUUUCCUUGUGUUUUUGUGGGUUGGUCUAUUGACUUUAUUGGGGAGGUUAUCGAAUACUCAUACUUGGUUAAUUCCGGUGUUGGGUUUAGGAUUUGGAGGAAUUAAAUGGAUUCAUGUAUUUUGGGGAACAUCGAAUAUCGGAUUCUUUUUGCCCUGGGCUGGAAUUUCAGGAGCAUAUAUAGGUCGAGCACUAUGGCUUUGGCUAGGAGUCUUGGAUUCUAUCCAAGGAAUUGGGUGUGGUCUAAUUCUUCUUCAAACGCUUUCUCGAAGGCACGUGACGAACACUUUGUUAACUGCUCAAGUAAUUGGUGCUUCAGUUACACUGUUGGCGUCUGCAAUAUCACCUACCAAAACUGGACCGAGCAACGUGUUCCCCGAUUUAACUGGUUAUACAACAGCUGAUGGCUUAAAACCAAUUGCUAAUCUUGCUUUUUGGGUCUGUCUUUGCUUAAAUGUUAUUUUGUGUGGUGUCUAUCUAAAAUGCUUCCACAAAGAAAAUAUAAACAGGCCUUAG